UAAGCAUAGAAUUUACAGUUUUUGCGCUCCUUUUCUGUUGUUUUCUGCUGUUUCAGUGCUCAGGUUUUGCUAUUUGGGGUUGCUUUUCUCCUUCCAUCUCUGGUGUCAGCAGCGCAUUAAAGGAGCCUCCAUCACGACCACAAAGCAACUGCACUGCGUGCUGAGGUGACUUUAUCCUCAUUUCUCUGUCUUCAAGCAUUUUAAAUGAUUUUUAAAAUACUUCUGGCUCUCAUCCAAGGCUUCAGGACUGAGCCACAGCCACCAGGAAAUGUCUCCACAAGUGUCAUCAUGGAUGGCAUCAGGGUUUCCUUGCACCUGAAGUUGUUCAGGUGAUAAAGCACAAGAGGAAUAAACGCUCAUUUUCUGGAAUGAGGAACGUUCAUUUCUGAAAUGAAUCGAGAACAUUUUCUUUCCUUUCAUGCUCUGUGCAAUAAUCCCUUUUGCAGUCCAUCAGAUCCAUGGCGGAGCUGCUUUGGGUGGCUCUUUGGUGGCUCUUCGGAUGGUUCUUCCUCUGUGCUCCACAGCCAGAUUUCUACCAGGAAUCCUGCAGGAAUAACGUGAAAAGAUGGAUAAUACCAAUAAUUACCCAAACUUUCAACGCACAGCUAUAAGGCUUUUGCCUUCCAGGUGCUGGAGACGUUUGGGAAUUUUCUAGAAGUCAAAUGUGCAGACACGGAAAGAGUGCAGAAGUUGGAAAAGUAGAAAAUUGGCGUUGAGUGAAGUCAGCUAGUGGAUCAAGCUGGAGUUAAUCUAAGUUACAAUGUGGAAAUGAGUUACUGAAGCUUGUAGUGUUGGGAUAUGCACACAACUGUGCAGGCUCCCCAUCCACUGGAGAGUAAGUCCUGGUUUGUGGUAGAUGUGUAGUAGUUUCUUGCCCUUUUCCCAGCUUCUCUUUACUUUUAUAAGCCUGGAAUGAUGAAGAUGAGGGUGCAGAAAGGGCAGAUCCAGGUUCUGCUUGGUGGUGGAAGCGCAAUGUGUGCCUGUAAAAAUGAGAGCAAAUCCCCACACGUUCCUGUCUGCUCUUUUUGGGCACCCUUGUGUUGAUGUUGGUCACCCAGCUGCCUGUUUGCCCACUUAGGAAUGCAUGGCCCAUAGUUUCUGUUUGAGUGGUAUCGCCCUGGUUCAAGCAUUUUUCCUCCUAAAGAAAGCAGUGUCAGAAGCAUCGCUCGUUUUGCAGUCUGGUUUCCUGGGGAGCUGAGUGGUGGCUACACUUUGUCACAUAUAUUCUGGUAGUAUUUUUUUUUAUGAGGAUAAACACUUCUUUAUUUCAGUGGAAAGCUCUUUAUGUUGUAUGGCACCGUGGGGAAAGCAGCAGUGAACCACUUCAGACAAAGAAAGCCUAGUGGUUUGGGAAAAGCAUGGCUUGCUGUGCUGCUCUGUUAAGGUUUUGCCUGAAAUCUCCCUUGUUCCCCCUAUUUUUCUGUACUGGUAACAAAAUAAGUUCAUUAGAAGAAGAUUAUACUGGCUCUGUUUCCAACCAACAUAUUUCAUGUUGCUUCAAUGCAUCUUGGCAUCUCAGACCCUUCCUUACUGGAGGUAUUUGAAUUGGUCUCCUUUGAAUGGUUCUAACAUCACAGUGACUUGUAAGGAGGGCUGAAUAACACCUGGUUCCAUUGUGAGCUGGAUUGUGAGUGGGAAGGUGGUUGGAGCUUUAACCUCCAUAGGGUUGUAAUGGUCUCACAACUGCAUUUCAGCAGUUUGGAGCUCCCCUAGUGCAUGCCUAGCUAGGAAACAGCCUAAACUCAUCUGUUGGGAGCCCAAAUUGAGUUUAAUUUCCAUCCAUACAGUUUAAGAACACUUAGGGCUUCUCUUAGUGUUUCCCAGGCAAGAAACUCACUUUUCUGGAUAGGAGAUGGCCAAAAUAAGAGUCAGCUCCACCAUGAAGUUGGUAGCUCUUAGUGAAGCCAUUCGUUUUGUGAUUCUCAUUAUUAAAAGCAUAGGACAGAAACCAGAUUGGGCUUGGCGUAUUUGGCAUUUUGGGAAGUUCAGUACCACUUUUGGAAAGGUCUAGCUGGAUUUCUUUGUAUUGGGAAUUGAGAAACCAUUCCCAAAUGCCUAGGUUGGAGUUAGCUUAGGAGGACAAAGGCUGCUGCAAAAAGAACCAUCCUGUGCAAUCCCAUACAUGGAGCAAACCCAUCCUAAAGCCCUGGACCUGCUGGCUGGAAGCUGUCCAUUGAGCAAGAGGAUGUGACUGCCUGCAGCCAUUUUGGUAAUAAUGGUGGUAUUUGGAAACUUAUUUGCAUGAUAGUGGGUUUUUGCUUGGCUCAUCCUAAGUCUCCUGUCAGUAUUUUCCUCUAUGAACUUCUCAUCUCCAUUCAACACCGUUUGUGCCUCUGGCAUUUGAGCAGGAAGCUUUCCCUUAGUGCUGUCCAGGGAAUAUUCUCCCUGCAUUUGAGAUGCAGCUUUUGUUUCCCACUAAAAAAAAAUAAAAAUAAAAAAUAGCUGUGCUUGAGUCAAAUGUGCAAAAUGAUUUUAAAAGGGGAAAAAUGAUUCUGAAUGUUUGGAGGAUGGAACUUGCUAAAAGCUAAUUGAUUUGCUGGUUGUGGUGUCUUCAAGAUGAAGCUGCCUUUGAGAGAGCUACUUUAUAAAUGCCCUUAGUGUUCAGUACACAGUGUUGUUGGUACUUCUUCCUGUGGCCUUGGAUGUGCCUUGCCCUUCUUCCUCUCCCAAAAUCAGGACGAAACUCAGGUCAUCUCCACCUGCCUUCCACCAAACCUCCUGUCCUCAGUUUGAGGUGCUCUCCCUUCUCCUCCUUUCUUUCCACGGAGCAUCCUACGUUUGUAGUCAUUCCUCUUGCAAUCUCCCAAGUAGUUGUCCUUGGUUGGUUUGGCCAAGAUAACUUUGGCCAUGAGCUCUUUCUCCUGGCAUGGAUCUCACUGUCCCAUUUUUCCUGCGUGGUUGGUCCUGAUGAUGUCAUUUUUGGACUCACCAUCAGCCUGAUGACUGUUUUGUCACAGUGGCUGUCAUGCUGAUCAUUUGCUAAGCGUUGUGUAUUUCUGGCAGGAUAUAUAUGAUAAAAGUUAUGGGAAGCUUUGGAAGAGCAGAGCUGCGUGUUGGCACGCUGUGGUUGAGUUGAUGGUGCAGUGCACCGUGCCAGGUCUGUGCUCCUGGCUCUCUCCUCCUGAAAAGCUGAACAGAUUUCUAUGGAGAGGGUGUGGUAAAGAGCUUUUAAUGCCAUGGAAUUUGACCCCGUUAUUAUGGCCACAAGGUCCUCUGGUAUGUGAUGUAACAGUUUGUGAUGUGCUGGUGCUUUCCCACCAAUGUACAAUAGAUACCCACUGACAAUACCUGAGCAUCUUCUGCUCGUAUUUAUGUUCAUGCUGCAUGCUCUCGUGCCCUGCUGACUGUGUGAGCUGCUGCUCUGCUCAGUGGUUUAGCACUUGGUUACAUUAAAUAAAUUUGCUUUACAUAAUGCUUAUGCUUAGGUUGUAAUGAUUUUGCCUACUUCUGGACUCUGGGCAAAUAAUGCAGCAAAAGUCAUCUCCAGAACACAACUUGCUACCAGUAAACCUCUGUACUGUCAUUGUAAUGCACGUCCUGGGAUGUUGAGGUUGGAUUAUAUAUUGCUCUUGAGCAUCUUCCCUUGGUGUCAAAGUGGCAGAAAUAAGCUCCAGCUUGGGAAUGCUAGGUGAGUGAAGACCUUUCCUCCAGCAAUGGUGCCUGCUUCUGGUGCUGUGUAGUUGGGAAAUAGGAUUUUUCAGAACCUCUUCUGCCUCCUGUAUUAGUAAUGUCCCUCCUGUGGAAGUCCACUAGGGGAGGUAACCUCUGUUCCUUCCUGCUCACCCAGCUGGCUUCACCUGCUGUUCUCCUUAUUUAUGGCACACGUAUCCCUAACACCCACUCUGAUCUUUCUCUCCCUUCCAGUACCUAUUGAUGGAAGAACACGGCGUGACUCAAACAGAACACAUGGCCACCAUCGAGGCCCACGCAGUGGCCCAGCAGGUGCAGCAGGUCCACGUGGCCACCUACACAGAGCACAGCAUGCUGAGCGCCGACGAGGACUCGCCUUCUUCACCUGAGGACACGUCCUAUGAUGACUCUGACAUCCUCAACUCCACAGCAGCCGACGAGGUGACGGCCCACCUGGCUGCAGCAGGUCCUGUGGGGAUGGCAGCAGCUGCUGCUGUGGCAACGGGUAAGAAACGGAAGCGACCACACGUUUUUGAAUCCAACCCAUCCAUCCGUAAGAGGCAGCAGACGCGUUUGCUACGGAAGCUCCGUGCCACGCUGGAUGAGUACACCACCAGAGUGGGGCAGCAAGCCAUCGUCCUGUGCAUCUCACCCUCCAAACCCAACCCUGUCUUCAAAGUUUUUGGAGCUGCACCUUUGGAGAACGUGGUACGCAAAUACAAGAGCAUGAUUCUGGAAGACCUGGAGUCAGCACUGGCAGAGCAUGCUCCUGCACCUCAGGAGGUUAACUCAGAGUUACCACCCCUCACCAUUGAUGGCAUUCCAGUCUCAGUGGACAAGAUGACCCAGGCACAGCUGCGAGCGUUCAUCCCGGAGAUGCUGAAGUAUUCCACGGGUCGUGGGAAGCCAGGCUGGGGCAAGGAGAGCUGCAAACCCAUUUGGUGGCCUGAGGACAUUCCCUGGGCCAACGUCCGAAGUGAUGUGCGCACGGAGGAGCAGAAGCAGCGGGUGUCAUGGACCCAAGCACUGAGGACUAUCGUGAAGAACUGCUACAAGCAGCAUGGGCGUGAGGACCUGCUCUACGCAUUUGAGGAUCAGCAGACACAGCAACAGACCACAACCACACACAGUAUAGCACACCUGGUGCCCUCACAGACAGUGGUACAAACCUUCAGUAACCCUGAUGGCACUGUGUCCCUCAUCCAGGUUGGCACUGGUGCCACCGUUGCCACGUUGGCCGACGCCUCCGAGCUGCCUACCACAGUUACUGUUGCACAAGUCAAUUAUUCUGCAGUGGCUGAUGGAGAGGUGGAGCAGAACUGGGCAACGCUACAGGGGGGUGAGAUGACCAUCCAGACAACGCAGGCAUCAGAGGCCACGCAGGCAGUAGCAUCGUUAGCAGAAGCAGCAGUGGCAGCAUCUCAGGAGAUGCAACAAGGAGCAACUGUAACCAUGGCACUUAACAGUGAAGCAGCUGCCCACGCCGUCGCCACGCUGGCUGAAGCCACUCUUCAGGGUGGAGGACAGAUCGUCCUAUCUGGUGAAACUGCAGCAGCAGUAGGAGCACUCACUGGAGUCCAAGAUGCCAAUGGCAUCCUAGCAGCAGACUAUUCAGGCUACAAGUGGAGCCUAGCAGAGAGUUUAUCAGCAAAGCCAGCUGAUCAAGGAAGCUUAGAAGGGUUAUUCAUUAAGCUUUCAUCUCUGGAGCAUGGUAAAAAAGGCUUCCCCUACACAGAUAGAAUGGGAGAGCCAACAUUUUGGAUGGAAGACUCAACGUUUCAGGGGAGCAGAAUGGGAGUUUUCCACUCCAUCAAUGUAAAGAUGGAAUGAAAGACCCAAUAUUUUGGGUGGAAGACCCGACAUUUCAGAGGCGAGACCGAGGAAUAAGGGAGAUGAAGCUGAAGGUCUUCCAAUUCUUGCUAAGCUGGGUCUCUACGUGAAGAAAAGAAGUCUUAGCUGCCUCUGAAGGAUAGCCAAAGAUGGAGACUUUGCAAUUUCCCCAAGUUCUGGAGCUUCACAAACCUUAUGUUUACUGAUUGUCUUUUUUGUUUCUCUUUUAUUUUCCCUCACUUAAUAUCCAUGCUGUGCCUCAAGUUGGUAUCUUACUCCUUCCUACUCUGUAGAAGGUGGCCAGGUUGUUCUCUUCUUCUCUGCAUCAUUUUUGUUGGGUUUGUAGGCUGUCUUGUGUAUGGAGGCCAAGGUUUUCCUGGUGCUGUUUCACUCUCUCUGUGCUGCCAAACAUUUUGUUGCUUGGAGAUCCUCUAGCAACGGAGUUCCAUGCUUAAAUUUAAAUGUGCACUCUGGUUGUUUUGGAGCAGGAUCGUGCUAAGCAGAGAGUUUGUACCCAUUUCCCCUCUGCUAAGUAGGAAGACUGAAGCCAGAGGUCUGUGGAUGAGCUGGAGACAAAGAAUUAAAAUUGAAGUUUUCAUUCCUUUCAGCCUUCUCUGUCGUUGGCCUGAGCUCUGUAAGGCUUUCAGAGCUCUCCGUUGGUCAGGUAGAUCUGUGAGGCUGAUCAGUGUUCUGCUGUCUCUGCAAUGCUUGGAAACAACAAACCAGGCAACUUUCAACACUCAUCCCUUUGGUGUCUGAGAGAACAGAGCAAGUUGUGCCAACUUAACACAUCCUCUGUGUGGGAUCUGCUUCAUCUCCUCAGUGCUGAGGAUGUUUCUGGUGCCAGUAGAUCCCCCAAGAGCAGCAUUGGGUGCAACUGGCCAUGGCUUUUGCCUUCUGCUGAUCUGAAGUGGGCUUUAGAUUCCCUGUUGGAAGAAGGCAUACAACACUCCAUUGAGGUCUUGUCUUUUGGUGAGGUUAUGUUGCCUAAAUUUGAAGAUAACCUGAUGAUGCUGUGCUGUGAGGGUCUGCAAGGUGAGCGCUGAUGUUUUGCCCCAUAAUAGAAACCCAAAGAGCAGUUUGUCAGUGCAUUGCUUCUGAGUGCUGCAUCAGACUCCAGGUCCCAAAUGCUGGAGUCAAACCAGCAUUAGUUUCUCAGUUAGUUUCUCAGAAUGGUCUCUCAGUUUGCCUUUUGCUCCCUCAAAGUCCUGAGGCUGCUUGCAGAAUGUUGCAGGAGAUCAGUUCAAGUUGAUGCUAGCAAGGAAGAUGAUUUUGCACUUCAUGAAGGAAGAGGAGAUGGUUUCCUUUUCCAAGCUCAGGUUCAGCAUGGUGACAGCAGUCAAGAAUGGGGCUGGUUCUUCUCUUUCAACCAUCCAAAACUUCACUUGUGUUUGAGCUCCAGGCAGAAAAGUGUGGCAUAAAGUUGUGCUGUCCGUGCUCCCCAUGGUGCAGAAGGAUGCUCCAAAGCAUUCAUCAGGGGAGCCCAUCUCUGGGAAGAUAAUAUUGGACAUUUAUCUCUGAGUGUGUGAGAGGUGCCCUGAGAUCAUCCAUUCUUCAGUUUCUUCCACUCAUUCUGCAUGUUUGAGUAUUGAUCUCUGUGGUGGUCCAGCUCACCUGGUUGGCUGUGCCUUCCUUCUGCACUUGCUGUGAUCUCGAAGAAGCAUAAGAACCAGCAGAAACUGGCUCUGGUGUCCCCAUCCUCUGGAUACUGGAUGGCCAAUCAUCUCAACCUCCUACUCUUCUCCCCCAAAGCCCUUUGAAUGGUGGUUUAAUGCACCCACUUGCAGUUUGGGAUCAGAACAGUUCUGAUGAUGCUGAUCCCCUCUCUGUGUCAGGUAAGGUGCCUGUAUCAGCCACUACAUGAUAUUUGGCCUCAGAAUCGCAUGGCCAGAGCCUAACUUCUCCCCCUUCUGCAAGCCAUAACCUCUUCUCUGCUGAAACAAAUGCAAAAUCCUUGUCCUGGCAGGCUGCAGGUAAGCAAAAGCAUGACCUGGGUGCAAUCCAGAGCCUCCUGCUGAGGGUAGAGAUGAACGUCAUCGUUUCUGCCAAGUGGUGGGAGGAAAUCCCAAAUGGGCAGCUCCAGCCCAGCUGUGUCAUCUCACUGCUCUGUGCAUUAUCCAUCACCUCUGCUGGCUCCUGUCCACAGGUAGGAGCAGCUCUGGGCUGCUGCGAGCCCAAUUCCUUCUCUCCACUGGGGCUUUCCCACCCCAGCACGACUCGAGUUGUUUUUGGAAGAUGUGUAUUUUCCAGAGACUUGAAAGUUUUGUGGUUUUUUUUUUUUGUAAUUUUAUUUUGUCUAAUGGAUUUCCUGUUUUUAAUACAAUUGAAAGGGUCUGAAAUCCAUGCUUUAGAUUAACAUAUGCCAGCUAGAUUAGGGCUAAUCAGGGCACAGGUCUGAGCAGAUGCAGCACAGGGCCAAUCCUAGACCUGAUUACAGCAUCUCAGUGGUUUAAUCGCCUCUCUCCCAAGGGCGAUCAUCUCUGCUUUAAUACACAGCAGACUUUCCAGCCCUCGCCCUCUCCUCCUUUGGUUUGUCACCACUCCUGCCAGGAAGGCCACUGCGUCAGAUGCUGAGACGAUUUAGCUUAAUCCCAUGCAGAAAGGGAGCUGUGCAAUGCUGUCUCUUGCAGAGACCAGAGACCUCCCCACUCUUAACGCGCAACGUAUCCAAGUUGUAGUUAGCCUUGGUCAAACCUUGGCCAAAUCAGGCUCAUCUUUCCCAAAGAAAACCCCCCUUUGGUUUUUCCAUCUUGCUGUAUUUUGGCAAUACCUGUCUUUCACGAUGGUCCUAUUAUGGCCAACUUGUGAAGGGAUCAGAUUCUUUAAUGCUGCGUGCUCAGCGUUGCUGGUGACCCUCAUCUUUGGGUUGGCCAUGGGGAGCAGAGUCAUCUCAAAGAGCUCCAUCUCAUCAUCGUUUCUUGCAAUGCCUGUUGUUAACAGUGCCCCUAUUAUGGCCAACCCAUGUUUAAAUGUAAUGGAGGGAUCAGGUUUUGAACCCUGCUUUAUGGUGACCCUCGUUUUGAGUUGGCUGUGGGGAAUAGACUCAUCUGUGGUGAAUUCCUUUGGGUCAACAACCUGAAUCACCCGAAAGGCUUAGCUGGGUCAUUGGUCUGGAGCAGGGAUUUUGAGUGCAUCCCAGGCCACAUCUCCCACUCCGUGCCAGAACCUGCUUACAGAACUGUGCUGAAUAUCUUGAGGAUCUUAUUGGGGGUUGACUUUGAGAGAGCUGAGCACGAGUUCUUGUUUCAAUGCUUUGUAGCCUAAAACUCUUCCCUAUUAGAAAGCACCUCAGGAACUCUGUGUUUCAGCUGCCUCCACGUCAUUUGUAGCUGUUGAUGUUGAGCCGUACGCAAGGAAGGUGGUUCCUCAUGGGGCUGCGAGCUGCAUAAAACUGUAGAUCACCCUUUUGGAGAUGGGGCAGCCCUCUGGCUGAGGCAUUGCAAAAUGUCCCUAUCCGUAGAGUGCCACGAGAUCCCGAGAGCUGAGCUCGGCUGGGGUCACCCACCUGGGCAGCAUGAUUAACUCCUAAGCUUUCCUGUCUGUGUGCAGCGAGUUAUCUGGGGACACCGAGCUGCACUCUGCUGCCUCUCGUUAUUCAAUGAGUGCCCUUGGCAGGACAGAGAUCCCUGCCUGCCACAGAGAACUGAACCAAAGGGGAUCCUGCUGCCGUUUUGGGAAAGCUUGGUCUGAUCUCGUUGGAUUUUCAGGGCUGUGCCCUCCUGUGCUGCCGGGCAGUUGGGGUUUCAGUGGUAGGUUUUUCCUUCUUGCAGUUUUUCUUUCUACCUCUGAGCCUCUUCUCAUCUCACACAGUGUGAUGGGGGUUGAUUAUGGGACUUCUCUAUAAGGGCUGGGCUCCAUUAAGUCUGAAUAAUUACACGAGCAUGAUGGUGUGGGUGUGAUGCCAUCUGUGUGUCAUGGGGUGGGAGAUUGUCUUUUACCCUAUCCCUGGCUUUCUUGCAACCAUCAUCUUCUCCCCUAGCAACCAUCUUCCUUCUCCCCCUGCCCCCCACCAUCAUCUUCUGGAGGUUGGUGGCCUUGCCUCUGUCCAGGAAGUUACGACUUUGUGAUCCUUCAGGUUCUAUGCCAUUCUGUGAUGAUCCUUUCUUCGCCCCUACCCCUCACUGUCUUCCUUUGCCCCUACCCAACAUCACUUUUGUUUCCCCUUACCCACCAUUGUCUUCUAGGGGUUGGUGGCCAUGCCUGUGGCAGGACAGUUGGAACUUAACGAUCUUUGGGGUUCCUUCCAACCCAAGCCAUUCUAUGAUAAUUCUUCCUUCCUCCCACCCACCAUCUUCCCUCCUACCAUUGCCUUCUUCAAUCCUUGACUUCCCACAAGAACCAAAGGACCCUGAAAGCUCCACCACAUCUCCACCCGUAUCCAACACAACCCCUUUACGGCCCGCACCACGACACUCAACCACACCAACCCCAUUCCUUGACAGAACAGCGUUCCCUCAUUGCUCUCACCUUUCUCCUUCGU